UUUCUCAACUCUCUGCACCGUCUUUGACCAAACCACUCUUGCUCUUUUGCAUCUCAACCUCGAAACUUCCUCUCAAUCUGGAAACAGCGUUCACACCAAUCCCUCCUCGCCGCAAUUUUUUAAUUGGUGUUGACAUUUUUCCGCUGCGUUCACACACGCAUUUCGUCGAGCGGAUGGAUUGCACAUGUAUAUGAAGCUUCCUUCCGCUACCCAAGAUCCCGAUUGCUCCGCUUCUCUCCUAGACCUCUUCCCGCACACUCACAUCCAGAUGGACGAAACCCAGCAGCAGAAUCAGCAGCGCAAGAGGAGGAGGAGGGAGAUUGGGGAUGCCGGAAAUAGCGAUGAGAAGCAAGUCAAAGUCAAGGGCCUCAACGAGAUCAUUACUUCCCUAACUCUGUUGCAGGAUCAGGAGAAGGAUGAUUUGGGGGAUUCCAAUCGAGCUGAGAAUGAGAUGGUUAGGUAUGAGGAGAAUCAUAGAGAGAGAAAGCGUGAGAUUUUGGAUUACUCCGCUAAAUCCGAGGGUUUGCACCGCGACGCCGACCGCGCCGACGGGGCGCGGCGCCGGAAAUCGAUGGCGAAUUCAGUCUCCGCCGCGGUGGUUGCAGUCGCCGCCGCCGCCACCGACGCCGACGAGGAUAAAACCGCUGCGACGAGCGAUAAAUCAGCGGGGCCGCAGCGGCGGCUGUGGGUGAGGAAUCGGUCCAAGGAUUGGUGGGAGCAAUGCAACAGUCCGGAAUUUCCCGAUGAGGAAUUUAAGAAGGCGUUUAGAAUGGGGAAGGGAACGUUUGAUUUCAUUUGCAAUGAGCUGAGCUCUGUUGUAGCUAAGGAGAACACUAUGUUGCGCGACGCCGUCCCCGUCCGGCAGCGUGUCGCCGUCUGCGUGUGGAGGCUCGCCACCGGAGAGCCGCUGCGGCUUGUCUCGAAGAAAUUCGGAUUAGGGAUUUCGACCUGCCAUAAGCUAGUGCUGGAGGUCUGCUCUGCAAUUAGGAAUGUGCUGAUGCCGAAAUUCCUCCGGUGGCCGGACGAGGAAGGGUUGAGCCGGUUCAAGGCCGAAUUCGAGGCAAUCUCCGGGAUACCAAACGUCGUCGGCUCAAUGUACACUACCCACAUUCCGAUUAUCGCACCCAAAAACAGCGUGGCCGCGUAUUUCAACAGGAGGCACACGGAGAGGAACCAAAAGACCUCCUACUCUAUCACGGUGCAGGGCGUGGUAGACCCGAGAGGUGUCUUCACGGAUGUCUGCAUCGGCUACCCGGGCUCAAUGCCGGAUGAUCAGGUGCUGGAGAAGUCGACCCUCUUCCAGAGGGCGAAUGCAGGGUUUUACAACGGGGUGUGGAUUGUGGGCGGAUCCGGCUACCCGCUGAUGGAUUGGGUGCUGGUGCCCUACACGCACCAGCAUUUGACUUGGACACAGCACGCGUUCAACGAGAAGAUCGCGGAGGUGCAGCGUGCUGCCAAGGACUCGUUCGCGAGGCUGAAGACGAGGUGGGGGUGCCUGCAGAAGCGGACUGAGGUGAAGCUGCAGGACUUGCCCAUCGUGCUUGGGGCGUGCUGCGUGCUGCACAACAUCUGCGAGAUGAGGGAGGAGGGAUUGGAGCCGCUGGAAAAGUUUGAGAUCUUCGAUGAUGAGAUGGUGCCGGAGAUAGGGCUGAGGUCGGCCAAUGCGAUGAAGGCAAGGGACACGAUCGCGCAUAACCUGCUUCAUCACAACCACGCCGGCACCUCCUUCCUCUCGUGAAGGUGGUGGUGUUAAGUUUAGUGAAGUUGUUAUUUCAUUUGUGUUGUUUAUACAUAUGUAGUCUUGAUUUGAGUCAAGGGUGCUUUUGGUUUUGCCCUUGUGCAGGAUUGGUGAUUUGUUUGGCUUGUAGAAAUGAGUCAUAUACACACAGAAAAGAGACUAAUGUAGUUCAGGAAUGAUUCUUUGAUUGCAUUGCUAUACACUGCAGACAUUUGAAA